AUGCGGCGCGGACAGUCCUCUGCCGCAUGUUCGUCUGCUUCUGUGACAGAAUCCAGUCAACCCUCAGGGCACAAGUCAAAACGGGUCCAUCAUCGCCGGAAGCACAAUAUAGAACCGUCUUCCCCGCUCGCACUCCCUGGUGUUCAAAAAAUUAAAGCUGCCUUGAGGCAAACACGAAGGUUGCUAGCGAAGGAUCAUAUAGCGGCAGAUGUUCGUGCCAAGGCUGAGAGGAAACUGAAGUCCCUCGAGGCGGAUCUAGUGGAGGCAGAGUGCGCACGCAAAGAGCGUGUAAUGGCCUCCAGGUAUCAUGCAGUGAAGUUCUUCGAGCGCCAAAAAUUAAUACGAAGAAUACAGCAAGUUAAGCGUCAGCUUCAUGAAGACGAGGAAGGAGAUGGAGCGAAGUCAACCAAAAAGGAGCAGAAACAGCUAGAGAAAAGGCUUGAAGAGCUCAGAGUCGAUCUGAACUACAUAAUCGUCCAUGUGCUGAUCUGGUUUCACCAGCACUAUCCCAAGCUGAAAAAGUACAUCUCUCUUUUCCCGCCCGAACUGCGAGCACGGCCGCACGCUCACCCCGAUCCAUAUCCGCACCUGUAUUCCCAUCUGUCUUCGCCAGGAGAUACUUCGGCAAAACCCGAAAAUGACACUAAUGUGCAACGAGAGCAAGUGCGCGCAUGGGUGCGGGAACAAAUGGCCGCCGGCGAGAUGACUGCCGAGCCUGAGCUGGAGCUGAAAGGUCGCGAAGCUGGAAAAAGCCGCCAACCAAUCGAGCACGCCGAUCAUCCCAUGCUUCCGGUCAAUUCAAACCAGAAGCCUGCGAAGGAAGAGGCGUUGGCUGCUAUUGGUUCCAAGAGCGUGGUGGAAGAUGCCUUCUUUGGUGAUGAUAAGUCUAGUGAGAGCGAUUCCACUGUUGAGGAAGAAGUGCAUGGCGGGGACGAAGAAGCUGUGCAGGAGGAUUCGGAGAUGGACGAGGCAUGA